CAAAGAUCUCCAACUCCGUUCCGGUGCGAUUUUCCUGGUUGCGAAAAAACAUUCACGCGACCGUACAACCUCAAGUCUCAUCGACGCACCCAUACUGCUGAACGGCCCUUUGAGUGCAAUGUGUGCUCCAAGCGAUUUGCACGUCAGCAUGAUCGGAAUCGACACACAAAGCUGCACUUUGGUAUCAAGCCUUAUAUCUGCCAUCUGUGCAACAAGGCGUUUGCUCGUCAAGACGCGUUAAAUCGACACCAG